UGAUAUUCCGCUUCGUCCACGAGGCAGCCCGACGGGGGGGAUAUCACACGCCUCGAGAGAGGACCUGGACAAGGAGCAACCAAACGAUCGCCGGACGGUGCUGAGCAACGUGGUUGACUCCUUCCGUUUCUCCGCGCAGACCCGAACAACGAGCAGUCAGGACUCCGCUGUCCUGUCGACACGACACGCGAUCGAUCGGACGCACCGCGGGACAAACGGAUCACGAUCGCCUCCCUCCUGCGGAACAGUGGACGAGGAUACCUCGGUCGCGCGUGCAAAAAGACCGAUCCUGGAUGGAUCGCUGAAGAUUCCUGCGUUUUUCUCGUCGACGACGAUUCGCGCAGGGAGGACCGUCUAGUCAUCCGAAACCAGUUAACGGAGUUAACCAGUCGAGGAAUACCGUCGCGUCGAUUCGGUGAGCCGAUCGAUCCCGGAAACGGCGCCCGCGCGUGAAGAACAUUUCCCGCGUGAGAUCGCAGAGAGCGAGGGACGCGCGUCGCGAUCUGUCGCUCGAACACGUGCUCGCCACGAGGUACCGCUCGCGAGCAGAAUCCACACGCGGAUCCACGAAAGUUCGUCGGAGAUGUUCGAACGGACGUUUCGAUCAGGAUACCUGUAACACACGGUCGAGAGGAUCGAUGAACGAAGAGGAAGAGUGCUCGAGUGUGAGGAUAGUGUGCUGUUGUUGAAACAAGAGUGCUCCUUCCCCUGUUUCUCGUAGAAUCGUGGUGAACUCGCUGAAGUUGCGCGUGAGAAGGAGAGGAGUAAAAGUAAAACGAAGUUCGCGAAGGAACAAUCCAAGUAUCGGGUGGGAAAGUGAGAACCGUUCGCCGCAAGUGCAGCCAGCUACCCCCGGCUUCAAGGUCGUGGAAUGACGCAUAAGGUUACCCCGAGCGACGAGCAGGAGCAAGAACGCGGGUGACAGAGGCGGUGUGAUGAGCGGAUAUCUCGGUAGCGUCACCCUGCCCCCGACGUUGCUGCACGACCCGAAGUAUCCUCCAGCCAUGCGGGAGAAGGACUCGAGUCCAAGGAAAAUGCCGGGCCACAUUAGCCCGAAGCAAGCCAGCAUAUACCCGCUGAGCGUCCGCGUGCCGGACGUCGAAGAGCUGCCCUACGACUUGAGCCACGGACACGGUCGCGGCCUCUCGAGUCCCUCGAAUCAACAGCAGCACCAGCAACAGCCCCACAUGAGUCCCGCGGCCAGACCGCCCCAGCCGCACCACCAGGACGACCUGGAGUGCGAGCCGCUCGAUCUACGCGUCGAUCGCAAAAAGGAGAGACUCAGAGACGAGAAUCAGAACGAGAUAGAGGUGCUCAAUCAGAACAGCCUCGGUAGCGCUCUUCCUUAUCACACGGUACUGUUCCCUCAACACCACGCGGUCCACCCGUUGGUCCUCGAAGCCAUGUACAGGUCGCACCAUCACGGUUCACCGGUCCCGGAACUACCCAAGAUUCAAGUCAGAGCCUUGCCUACCAUGGUACCGUUGCCUCCUAACAGAUUCUCCUCCACGACCUCGACCACCUCGUCUUCCUCCUCUUCGCAGCCCGCGGCGAGAAUACCGAGUCCUGCCAGCGGUCAACAGCAGCAAAGCCAUCCGAGUCAACAACAGCACCAACAGAGCCACCCGAGUCAGCAACAGCAGCAUCAGCAGCAGCAACAGCAACAACAACCACAACAACAACAAACCUCCUCCAGUCUUCCACCCUACUCCAUCAACGUCCAAGCAGGUCUAAAACCCAAGGACAGAUACUCGUGUAAGUUCUGCGGCAAGGUGUUUCCUAGAUCCGCCAACCUGACGCGGCACCUGAGAACGCACACGGGCGAACAACCAUACAAGUGUAAAUACUGCGAGAGGAGCUUCAGCAUCUCUAGCAACCUUCAGCGUCACGUGCGGAAUAUCCACAACAAGGAGAAACCGUUCAAGUGUCCCUUGUGUGAGAGAUGCUUUGGCCAACAGACCAACCUGGACAGACACCUGAAGAAACACGACGCGGACGGGCCGACGAUACUGGACGAGGUCAGGUCGAGGUACCACGGCCAACUUCCCAGGGCGGACGAGUCCUAUUUCGAAGAGAUCCGCAGCUUCAUGGGGAAGAUCACCUCGCAAAGACAGGGGAUACCUUAUUUCUCCGGACUCCUGGGCCACGGACCGGACGACUUCAGGAGCGACAAGCAACAGCUUCAGCUCGAAGAGAAGAGGGGCGACUCUUCGUACUUCAGCGAUCGGGACAAUCUCAGCUCGAGGUCGAGCAGCACCACCAGCAGACCGGAGAGCGUUCAGGAGGAACAAAGGGAGGUCAAUUCCCCACCCCUGUCGCCUGGGAACAACACUUGAGCCCGAAGACACGAUCGCGGGUCCGACGAGUACUCGAAGGACGCGCGAUUAGUUCAGAGGUCGAAGUGUCCCUGGGACGCGCUACGAUUCCAAGGGAUUCAAACCUUGGCGAGUCCGGGGUGAGAGGCCCCAAUCGUCGUUAUCGAUUAACUAGACGCAUAGUUCGGUUAGGCAGGUCCACUUGAACUGCCUUCGGCGGUAAGAUUAGACUUAGGUACGAUUAGUCGUCCUUUGUUCGUUGCGAAGCGAGCUAUUAACACGUUCCGUGCCGCGUGGGGCGUACGCGCCAUGCGUUGAACUUUCCGUUCGAGCCAUUAGAUAUUGUAUUUGUUCAAUUAAUACCUAGAAAAAUAAAUUUAUUGCUUUGUUAUGUAUCUUACAAUGUACA